AUGAAUAAUUGGUCAGUCUUUUCCCUUACUUUUACUGCAGUUAUCAUUUUAGGUUUUCGCUGUUUCUGUCUCUGUCUUUCUUCAAGCCUUCCUGUAUUUCUCUCUCCCCCCACUCUUUAUCUUUUCAUAUCCUGUCUCACUAUCUCCCUUUCUCUUUAUCCCUUUCCAUUUCUUACCUCUCUUUUCCCUUUAUCCCUUUCUCUCUCUGUCUCUCUUUCUCUUUUCCUAUCCUCAUUCUCUCCUUCUCUUUAUUUCUUAGUCUCUCUUUAUCCCUCUCUAUCUCUUAGCCUCUCUUUCCCCUUUAUCCCUUUCUCUCUGUGUCUCUCUUUCUCUUUUCCUAUCCUCAUUCUCUCCUUCUCUUUAUUUCUUAGUCUCUCUUUAGCCCUCUCUAUCUCUUCCUCUCUUUCCCCCUUUAUCCCUUUCUCUCUCUGUCUCUCUUUCUUUUUCCUAUCCUCAUUCUCUCCUUCUCUUUUUUUUUCUUGUCUCUCUUUUAGCCCUCUCUAUCUCUUAGUCUCUCUUUCCCUUUAUCCCUUUCUCUCUGUCUCUCUUUUCUCUUUUCCUAUCCUCAUUCUCGCCUUCUCUUUAUUUCUUACCCUCUCUAUCUCUUUAGCCUCUCUUUCCCCUUUAUCCCUUUCUCUCUCUCCCUCUCUAUCUCUUAACCUCUCUUUCCCUUUAUCCUUUCUCUCUCUGUCUCUCUUUCUCUUUUCCUAUCCUCAUUCUCUCCUUCUCUUUAUUUCUUACCCUCUCUAUCUCUUAGCCUCUCUUUCCCCUUUAUCCCUUUCUCUCUCUUCUCUCUUUAGCCCUCUCUAUCUCUUAACCUCUCUUUCCCCUUUAUCCCUUUCUCUCUCUGUCUCUCUUUCUUUUUCCUAUCCUCAUUCUCCCUUCUCUUUAUUUCUUAGUCUCUCUUUAUCCUCUCUAAUCUCUUUCCCAUUUAUCCCUUUCUCUCUCUCCUCUCUUUCCCCUUUAUCCCUUUCUCUCUCUGUUUCUCUUUCUCUUUUCCUAUCCUCAUUCUCUCCUUCUCUUUAUUUCUUACCCUCUCUAUCUCUUAGCCUCUCUUUUCCCUUUAUUCCUUUCUCUCUCUCUCUCUGUAUCUCUUUCUCUUUAUCCUUUCCUAUCCUCAUUCUCUCCUUCUCUUUAUCGCUUCCCAUUUCUUUCCUUUCUAUUUCUUUAUUAUUUCCUAUCCCUAGUCUCCCCUUGUCUUUAUCCCUUUCUAUCUCUUAUUCUCCCUUUCUCAUUAUCCAUUCCUAUCAAUUUCUCUCCCCUUUCUCUUUAUACCUUCCCACCUCUUUGUCUCUUUUUCUCUUUCUCUUUUCCUAUCCUCAUUCUCUCCUUCUCUUUAUCCCUUCCUAUUUCUUAGCCUUUCUAUUUCUUUAUCAUUUCCUAUCCCUAGUGUCUCUUUAUCCCUUUCUAUCUCUUAGUCUCCUUUUCUCAUUAUCCAUUCCUAUCAAUUUCUCUCCCCUUUCUCUUUAUACCUUCCCACCUCUUUGUCUCUUUUUCUCUUUCUCUUUUCCUAUCUCCUCUCCCAUCUUUAUCCACCAGAUUUUCUUUUUCUUUCUAUAUCUAUGUCAUUCUUUGUUUAUUAGUCUGUUUCCUUCUAUGACUAUCUCUCUUUUUUCUUCUCUAUUCUCUCCCACUCCCUCCCUCUUUAUACUCCGUCUCUCUUUUUCCGUCUGUUUUUAUCUUCUUUUUUUUUUCUUUUACAGCUUUCUCUCUAUUUCCUGUUUUCGUUCUCUCAUAAAUAUUCGGAAUAUGAUACAGCAUUUCUUUCCUUUUCUUUCUGACACGCACCUCUUUUCCUAUCCUAUACUACCCCCUCUCUCUCUUUCUCUCUCUUUUCUCUCUCUUACAUCUCCUCCCUUCUCACUUUCCCAUUUUUCUCUCUUUCUGCCUCAUAUCUCUUUCUCCUUUCCCCCUCAGUCCUCUCUCUAUCUCUAA